AUGAAACAUCUGAGAGAAAGAACAAAAACAGAAGCAUGUCAGACUCUACUAGAUGAAACAUCUGAGAGAAAGAGCAAAGACAGAGGCACCAGUCAGACUCUAAUAGAUGAAACAUCUGAGACAAAGAGCAAAGACAGAGACACCAGUCAGACUCUACUAGAUGAAACAUCUGAGAGAAAUAGCAAAGACAGAGACACCAGUCAGACUCUACUAGAUGAAACAUCUGAGAGAAAUAGCAAAGACAGAGACACCAGUCAGACUCUACUAGAUGAAACAUCUGAGACAAAGAGCAAAGACAGAGACACCAGUCAGACUCUACUAGAUGAAACAUCUGAGACAAAGAGCAAAGACAGAGGCACCAGUCAGACUCUAAUAGAUGAAACAUCUGAGACAAAGAGCAAAGACAGAGACACCAGUCAGACUCUACUAGAUGAAACAUCUGAGAGAAAUAGCAAAGAUAGAGACACCAGUCAGACUCUACUAGAUGAAACAUCUGAGACAAAGAGCAAAGACAGAGGCACCAGUCAGACUCUAAUAGAUGAAACAUCUACUUCAUCAUAUCAGGUGCCUUAA